AAGAAUGAAUCGACAUGGAAAGUUAGUUUUGGAUAAGCCUAGAUUAUCAUAAAGUAAAUGGAAAGAUAUAUUACACAAGAAAGCAAUUUAUUUUGUUUCUCGGGAUAUAUGAAUUAUUGAAUUAGGAUUCUGGUGAGAGAAGAGGUUCUUUGUAGCAACUAUUGGCUUCGUGUAUGUAUGUCUAAAGAUAUUUUCAGACUCUGUGAGGGCUCUCGGUUUAUGCAAAUCCUUUUUUGGUGGUGGUGCGUAAUACUAUGAGAGUUCAUAAGCUUCCGAAUAGUGGUUCUUUGAAAAAGAAAAUGCCUCUUCAUAUUAUAUUUGAGGAACCUUUUAUUAUAUGUUUAUUUUUUGUAUAGCUUCUUAGACUCAUCAUGUUUAUCUCUUGCGCAACAUAUUUGAUGUGUAUACUUUGAAAGGAGGUGGCAAACUAGCAAGUCUCGCUGCUAUUAAUUCAUAAUCCGGCUUACAAGGAUCUGUAAAUUUUCAUAAGAUCAAUUAUAGUACACCAGUUCUUGUUUACUACUGUGAUGUACUUCUCUCUGACAAUAAUAGUAUACUAUACACAAUUCAAGGGGUAGAGAGAGAGAGAGAGUCAAGGGGCUAGUGAAAAGAGGGAGUUCGUUCCUAAAUUUAACAAGUUAAAAAAACAAUGGCACUCGCCAGAAACUCUGAUUCUGAGGAGCAUUUGCAUUCCACUUUCGCUUCCAGAUAUGUCCGUGCUGUUAUUCCCAGGUUCAAGAUGCCUGACAAUUCCAUGCCCAAAGACGCUGCUUAUCAAGUAAUCAGUGAUGAGUUGAUGCUUGAUGGCAAUCCCAGGCUUAAUCUCGCUUCCUUUGUCACCACUUGGAUGGAACCUGAGUGUGACAAACUCAUCAUGGAAUCUGUUAACAAGAACUAUGUUGACAUGGAUGAAUAUCCUGUCACUACCGAGCUCCAGAAUCGGUGUGUAAAUAUGAUAGCCAACUUGUUCCACGCUCCCGUUGGAGAAGACGAGGCUGCUAUUGGAUGCGGAACCGUUGGUUCAUCUGAGGCUAUAAUGCUUGCCGGUUUAGCUUUCAAAAGGAAAUGGCAACAGAGGAGAAGAGCUCAAGGUUUACCUACUGAUAAUCCGAACAUUGUAACUGGUGCCAAUGUUCAGGUGUGCUGGGAGAAAUUUGCAAGGUACUUUGAGGUAGAGCUCAAAGAGGUGAAGCUAAGUGAAGGCUAUUACGUGAUGGACCCAGCAAAAGCUGUAGAGAUGGUUGAUGAGAAUACAAUCUGCAUUGCAGCGAUUCUAGGAUCCACACUUACAGGAGAGUUUGAGGAUGUGAAGACACUAAACGAUCUCUUAGCUGAGAAAAACGCAGAGACUGGUUGGGAUGUUUCUAUUCACGUUGAUUCAGCCAGUGGAGGAUUCAUUGCUCCUUUCCUCUACCCUGAUCUCGAAUGGGACUUUAGGCUUCCGUGGGUGAAGAGCAUCAAUGUCAGUGGUCAUAAGUAUGGACUUGUUUAUGCAGGAGUUGGUUGGAUUGUCUGGAGAACCAAAGAUGAUUUGCCUGAGGACCUUGUCUUUCACAUUAACUACUUAGGAGCUGAUCAACCCACUUUCACUCUUAAUUUCUCUAAAGGGUCGAGCCAAAUCAUUGCUCAGUACUAUCAGUUUAUCCGCCUAGGCUUUGAGGGAUACAAUAACAUAAUGGAAAACUGCAUGGACAAUGCAAGGAGGCUAAGAGAAGGAAUAGAGAUGACAGGGAAGUUCAACAUUGUGUCUAAAUAUAUUGGUGUGCCGCUAGUGGCAUUCUCUCUCAAAGACAGUAGCAAACACACCGUGUUUGAGAUAGCAGAGUCUCUGAGGAAGUUCGGAUGGAUAAUACCGGCUUACACUAUGCCUGCAGAUGCACAACACAUUGCUGUGCUCAGAGUUGUGAUCAGGGAAGACUUUAACCGAGGCCUUGCAGACAGACUCAUCACACAUAUCUUACAGGUACUGAAGGAGAUCGAAGGGCUUCCUAGCCGGAUUGCGCAUAUAGCAGCUGCUGCAAAGGUUAGUGGUGGUGAAGAGAAGACUGCUAAGAUGUCGUUGGAGGAUAUCGCUAAGUAUUGGAAACGUCUUGUUGAAAACAAAAGAAAUAUUGUCUGUUAGGACCUAAGGGGAUAAGUCUUCAUGCUUCUUCUUUGAACCAAUAACGUGUUUGGUAAUAAGGUUUUCAGUUUAUAACUUGAACUUCCUUUUUGUUUUUUCCUUCCUGGCAUUUUCUUUAUUUGAUGGUAAUCUUUAUACAAUAAAGUAUUUUUUUUCCAUAGGGAAAAAAGACAUGUGGCACUCUAACUUUGAGUUUUGUUGAUUUCAUCUUGGGACUGAUCUGAAUGGGCUAUACCGAAUGUUUUAUUGUUUGCAUUUAUGUUCUCUUAUGUUCACGGGCCUUAAUGAGUCGUAUCAACUCUAUUUGGACUCAACAAAGAAACAAAAGCUUGAAUUUUAGCUGCAUUCACCUUCGAGUAUAUUGAAAGUGAAGAACGUAGAGAGCUUGACCCCAUUGCAACUCUGUUUACUCUUCUUCGUGAGGGAGAGAGAGAUUAAUGAGAAACGGGGAAGAACAAAUGCAUCAUUCAAUAAAACAAAGGUAAACGGGGAAGAACAAAUGCAUCAUUCAAUUUUUUGAUGUUGUCUUCACAGGAUGUUGGAAAAUCUGCACUGGAGAGCUAUCAAGAGUACUUUAAUUUCUGGCUUUUAACAUAUUUGCUUGGAUUGAUCAUCUUCCCUACUUACACAAAAACAUGAAAGGUAGUGAAUAAGUUUUUAUAUGAUUUCGACUUAACUUCUAUGUUUCUUCUUGGCCUUAAUUAUCAUCACCACCUGUAUUUAGAUCAAUGUUAAUGUUACAUUUUGGUAUGCCAUUGGAGUUUCUGUGGUUGAGCCCAGCAACAGCAGAUCCAAGGGAGGGUUGAAUAAGUGUGAGUGCAGUUGGCGGCAAGAUGAGAUGAAGAGACAUGUACGUCUAACAACAUCAUGUGAGGUAGAGAAAAUUAAAACUCUGAUGAGAGGCAAGAACUGAGAGUAAUCUUGGGACAGCUAAUUUUUUUUAGAAGUUUCAAAAUAGAGGUAAAAGCGAUGAAAGAAAAAAAAACUGUUAGAGGCUAACAU